AUGUCUAGUCUAGAAAACAACAUCCGUAGGACCUUCGAAGUUCUAUUUCCAAAGAUACACCACCAUCGACAACAGUCGUCCGAUCCCAUUAUUCUUGGCAUUACCGGGCUGCAAGGCUCAGGAAAAUCCACAUGGGCAUCCAUGGUUGUCAAGAUCCUAUCUCAAGAGCACAACCUUCAUACAAUAACCGUCUCUCUUGAUGACUUUUACAAGACACACGACGAGCUGGUAGCGCGACGGGAACAGGAUCCUAGUAACAAACUCUACCGCACACGCGGCCAGCCAGGCACGCACGACGAGCAAUUGGCCCAGAAGUUCUUCCAUGACCUGAAAGAAUAUAAUGGCCAAGGCAAACUCCAGAUCCCAAGCUUCGAUAAGAGUAAAUUCAACGGAGAAGGGGACCGAGCUCCCGAGUCGGAAUGGCCGACAAUAACGCAGAAGCCGGAUGUUGUCGUUUUCGAAGGCUGGUGUGUUGGCUUCCAGCCCGUUUCACAGGCUUUCCUGGAAGAAAGAUACUUGCUUGCGAAAGCUGGGAAGCUCACUAUCAACACCCCUGCAGAUCACCAGCUUUCUCAUCUCCUCGACGUAAAUGAGAACCUCAAACGGUAUUGCGAUGCGUUCAUGGGUCCGAAGCACUUUGACUUCUUCAUUCAUAUUGAUACGGACAAUCUCAGGAACGUGUAUACCUGGCGACUUCAGCAGGAGCAUAAGAUGAUCGAGUCAAAGGGGUCUGGGAUGUCGGACGAGCAGGUUCGUGCGUUCAUUGAUGGGUAUAUGCCGAGCUAUGAGAUCUACCUGGAUCAACUGCGCAAAGGCUUGUUUGAACAUAAGGGCAAGAUGGUGAGAGUGUCUUUGAAUAGAGAAAGAGAGAUUGAGGGUAUUGAGGAGCUUUGA